CUCAGCCGUCGCGCUACGACGACGCCUCCGAGUCGCGCGCUACGAUCGCGAACCUGCGCUCGUUGCAUCUACCGUGCGAACAGAGCGUGCGCGGCCAAAAUAGUGAGCUCGUGGCCGGGAGCGGUCGGACCCCGGUGAGAUACAGUGGUCGCGGCGGCAUGCUGCGCGCGCUGCUGUUGCUGGCGCUGGCGGCGCUGGGGCCUGGAGCCGCGCGCCGCCACGCGCCUGACCUGCGCGAGGACGAGCCCGCGCGCCGCACCACCCGUCCCGCCGAAUGUUUGUUCGGCAAACAAGCUAUGGAGCUGGGUUCCAAGUGGUUCGCGGACUUGGGCCCGCCCUUCGGUGUUAUGUACUGCAUCAAAUGUGAGUGUGUUGCGGUCCAAAAGAAACGGCGAGUGGUAGCUAAGGUACACUGUCGGAACAUUAAGAACGAGUGCCCCGAACCGUCCUGUGACACGCCCGUCCUACUGCCCGGGAGAUGUUGCAAGACAUGUCCUGGAGACCUGAACUCUCCGGACAUCGUCCAAGAAGACAGUCCAGUUGUGAUAACGACUGAAGAAGAUGAAAAAAAUAUGAAAUAUUUCGCAUCAUUUCUAACGGGCCGGUCUCCGCUGUGUGUGCGGCGUGAUGAUAUGUCAGGGGUGCCUGUUGCGCACGGAGUGGCUACAGCUCGGUUCACGUUCCGGAGACGUCACCUCUACUGGUCCGUCCUCCUCAGUCCCUCCAUACAGGCCCAGCCUCGAGCACUCGCCUUCCUCGAUAAAGAGGGCCGUGUGCUACUGGAACAAUCACUGAAGAAAAUACCCGGUAUCCACGCGACGUACGAAGAAAAAACAGAUAAGCUUUGUGGUGUCUGGCGUCGAGUGCCGCGACAAUACAAGACUUUACUAAGAGAUGGAGACCUGCACGUGGCCCUGUUGUGGGGCGACGCGCGGAACAACUCUAUCGAUAGCGCUCUCAGCGGCAGAAUCGACAGGUAUCCUGCAUUGUCCUCUGAAAUGUUCACGACGCUUUUGGAACCAGAACACCCUCCCACUUCGAUUGGUCAAGGGGCAUGUCGGGACUACCCCGCUUUGGAAUACGAAGACGGCUGGUGGGGAGGCACUGCAGUGAUCACGGCUGUGGCUGGAGCCACUCCUAGCCUGUACCUCGCUCUGGUCUUCAAUGGAGUUUUCCCAAAAACAGCAGUCACUUCACACCUUGUUAGAGUGAUCCUCACCCUCCCGGAAAAGAAUCAGACCAUAAUUGAUCAGGUGCAGAGGGUAAGCAAACCUCAUUAUGACUUCAAUGUCUUGGAGGUAUCAACUCCGGUGUCAGCUGCAGAACUGAGAUCUUUGGCGAGGGGUCGCUUGCUUCUUACUGUGGAGGCUGUUGAUGCUCCAGAGAGAAGGAUCGUAGGAAGUGUGAGACAGAAAGCUGCUUGUGAAGUGUACAACACACCACUUGUGUCGGAGAGGCUAUCAGCAACGCCCGCUCCUGAAGGACUUGCCUUGCUUUACAUUGACAAAGAAGGGUCCCUCGUCUAUGACAUACAGGUUGACAAUUUGGGUAUAACAGACCCAAAGAUAACGUUGGUGGAGGAGCAAGGCAAGCGUCACUCUCAAGUCGAGAUUUUGGACACCCGCAUUGGAGUACUGGCGAGACCUAGUGCCAGGAUUUUCCAGCCUUUGUACGAAGAACAGCUUGCUGUCCAUAUUAGCGCUGACACUGGUCCACCAAUUCUGCGUGGUCGUCUCACAUCCCGAAUGCUGCCUGAUGCAGCAGGUUCUGGUCCCGCUCUGCUACGAAGAACAGGACAAGUCAGGCUUCCCGCAGCUAUGGCUGGUCUUGCUUGGCUGUCCGUGGACUCUUUAUGCGGAUUGUAUUAUGAGACUGUAGUUACCGGUGGUAAUGCUCGUUCUUGGUCAUCCUGGUGGCUGGGAACUCACCCUGGCACUGAAGUUGCGGCUAGAGAAUUAGGUGGUGAAGAAGGAUGGGUCUUGGAGCCGACCUCCGCUGAACUGGUGGCGUUGCAUCUAGGAGCUUCAUCCCUAGAACUGCGCGCCCACGAUAAUGUAACUGUGAUCCUACGCGCGCGAGUACCACAGAUAAGCGUGCCUCCAUCGUGUUUGCCAACCGUGCCAGGGACGUCGGACAACGAGCUGAUUCCCAAGUAUACUCCAGGACCCUUAGAAGACCAAAUGACGGACUACUCCUUGUUCCGCCUCAAUUAUUGCACUCAAAGAGAUAAGUUCUACAAGCUUGGGGAAACUUGGACUGAUACUGAGACAUGUUCAAAGUGCUGGUGCGUAUUGGGGAUGGUGCGUUGUGAACCGGUGCAGUGUCCACCUGUCAACUGCCUGGUGCCUACCAUCAAACCACCUGGACAAUGUUGCCCUAUUUGCACCAGUGAGUAUUUGAUUGAAACUGACUAAAAUCACAUAAAUUAACUCGUAACAUUUUUUU